AAAAAAAAUAAUGUCGUAUAUACUUUAAAAAAAGAGCAAGCUAAUCGGCAAUAUCCAGUGGUUACAGGUCAACAAAACCCAGUAACCCCAAAUUUGACAAAGCUUUCCAAAAAUAACUUGACAAAUUUCUUGAAGGAGAGAAUGCCAAAAUGCGCCUUCAGCAAUCGAUUCAUACUUUUACUAAUCUCUGUUGGAAUAAAUGUAUCACCAAGAUUAGUAACAAGAUUGAUCAUGGAGAAGAGACCUGCAUGGUAA